CCUUAGCUAAAAGAUUGCGAGCUAACACUUGCACAAGUAAAAUAGCUAUGCUGUGCACUCACCAGUUGCUUUGUGAUGAUGAGCAUGGACUUGGUCUUGGUACCUUAGGUGAUGACCAGAUAAAAGCUCACCCUUGGUUCAAAGUCGUCGUAUGGGACAAAAUCUAUGAGAUGGAGGCAGCUUUUAAACCACAAGUCACUGGGGAACUUGAUACUCAAAAUUUUAUGAAUUUUGAUGAGCUACUUGGCGAUGACGAUGAUGAUGGUGGUGAUGGUGACAAUGGUGAUGGAAAACAAAGGGAUCUAUGGUUCUGCCCCUCUUCUUUUAUUUAUUUAUUUAUUUUGGAGCUACUUGGCGAUGACGAUGAUGAUGGUGGUGAUGGUGACAAUGGUGAUGGAAAACAAAGGGAUCUAUGGUUCUGCCCCUCUCCUUUUAUUUAUUUAUUUUUUUUGGAGCUACUUGGCGAUGACGAUGAUGAUGGUGGUGAUGGUGACAAUGGUGAUGGAAAACAGAGAGAUCUAUGGUUCUGCCCCUCUCCUUCUAUUUCGGUGGUGACUGAGGAUGGUGAUGGAGGUGGAGGUUGUGAUGAUGAUAAGAUGCAAGGAGAUGGUCUAGAUCUACAGAAGAGAGAAGAAUCAAGAGAGAAGAAGAGAGUAUGCACCCUAGGUGUUGAACCGGAACGUGCAUGAAUCAUAAUCCUAUUAUUUUUCAUUGCAUAAUACAAUUAACUCGCCUGUUAGCCUGCUAGGUAUUUAUCAGAAGUUCAAUGAUCAAACACAUUUCUAUUAGGUAGAGGGCUAAUGGUCUGAGAGCUACUUGCCCACUUGUCAUCUUGUACUAGGUUUUGAAAACAACAAAUAAUUGUUAUUUUC